AUGGACUCAUCGUAUCCGGACGAUGAUCUAGCCUAUCUCAGUUCAGGGAGCAGCUCUUCAGAUAGCGUUGAUGGAAUUUUUUCCCCAUUCCAAACUCCCUCCCUCAUGACAGCUCAUGUUAGAACAACACUCGCGGAGCUUGAUCAAACACUCGAAUCGAUACACCCACAUAUGGAAUCGUCAUUUACUCGUUCCAGAGAUAGGGAUCCCGGGCUACGUGCCUCCAGGCCGGUACGCCUGCUUGCCCCUGAAUGCAUGAGAGCCUACCUGGAUUGCGCUGCAAUCAUCAGUUUCGUCCCACACUUGGCUCGAACGUCGUCGGAGGGGGUAAAAGUGAUCUUUGCCCUGAUACUGGAACAAGAUUAUAGUCAGCAGGAUCUCAGUAGUUCAAUGACUUCAAGGAGACGGGCUUUUCUCCAAGGACGCGCGGAGAGGGAUAGAUCACUUGAGCAACUGUUUGAUCCCAUAGAUGGUGGUCACUCUACAGAAACCCCCACUCCCUAUAAUAGUGCUCGACUACGAGCGGCUAGUCCUCAUUCCCAUAUUCCAGAUAUUCCGGCUAAUAUACUAACCCUCGAGCAUAUACUUCAUAUUCACUCCGCACUUUGGUAUCAUCGGAGGAGAGAUAGCGGAGCAGAAAAUCUGGAUCCGGGAUCACCGCGCCGAUACUUGUUGCGUAUCAAAGAUUAUUUCACGAACGGGGCCAGAGAACUUACAGUGGUAAUGCGCCUUGAUUCUGAAAGAUCAUUUCAUUUUGAAAUAUACAAUCGCCCGAGCGAUCCGACCGGGGCGCAGGUAGGACUAUUAAAUUUGUUCUCAGAAAAUCCACAAGACAUUCUAGCGGAAGCCACCAGAGAAAACCCGCGUGGUGUUAUAUGGAAUCAUAGGGUUACGCUGAGAAGAAUACUCAGGGAAGCUGAGUCACAUCCUGGACCCGAAGAAAACGAUUAUGGCGUCCCUGUGUCAGAGGCGGAGGAUUCAUCCGAACCCGUAGAGCCUAGAGUCACCACAAACACAAACUUUGACUACUUCACGAUGGGAGCUAGGUCAGUUCGCUGA